CAAAAAGAGAAAAGACAGAGAUUUUACAUCAUGGAAAGAAUAUAAAGAAUAUGUUAAUGGAUAUCCUAUAGCUUUGUACAAAUUAUUUUAUACAAAGAUCAAGGUGCAAAAUUUUAUAGAUCAACAAAAUAUUAAUUAUAUUAAAGAUACAUUAAAU